GAGAUUAUGAUAGAUGUGACAGAGACAGAGAGAAAGUUCGUCGUGCGCAGUUAGAUGUGAGGUACUAACUUCCUCGUAUACAACUAGAACGCACCCUUCAGCUCUAUCUAUCUGAACGAUAAUCCCGGGAUGGAAGAGCCGACAUAAAAGAACAAGGAGCGCUUUCUAAAGAAUACAAAAAAUUCAGCGUUGAGGACCAAAUAGCAGAACAUACGUGGAAUAUACAGCUGGUUGGAACGAGGUUCUUCCACUAUGGGCUGUGUGGGGUCCAAUGAGCAGCAGAAUCCCAGCAGCAAAGGUGUGGUCAAUGGUGACUCUCCGAACCAGACUCAGACAGCCCACUACGUCAAAGACCCCACCACAGGGACCAAGGCUAACAGAACCAUCUCCGUUGCCCCUCCAGUCCCCUCUAAUGGUACUGAGAGCAUUGCCAUUGCACUGUAUGAUUAUGAGGCUGUAAAUGAUGGAGACCUGGACUUCAAGAAGGGAGACAAGCUUAAAAUAUUACAGGAAUCUGGAGAAUGGUGGAGAGCACAGUUAAUUAGUACAGGCAAGGAAGGCUACAUCCCCAAUAACUAUGUAGCCAUAGACAGACUUGAAACCGAAGAGUGGUUCUAUAAAGGAGUGAGCAGGAAAGAUGCAGAGAGGCAGCUGCUAGCAUCAGCAAACAAAACGGGAUCGUUUAUGAUCCGUGACAGUGAGACAACCAAGGGCAGCUACUCCUUAUCCGUAAGGGACAGUGUUUCCCAAUCAGGAGACACAGUCAAGCAUUACAAGAUUCGUACACUGGAUAACGGUGGCUUCUACAUCUCUCCACGCAUCACCUUCACCACUCUGCAGGAACUGGUCAGCCACUAUAAAAAGCAGGGAGACGGUCUGUGCCAGGCCUUGACCAGCCCCUGCCUCAGUCCCAAGCCCCAGAAGCCCUGGGAGAAGGAUGCCUGGGAGAUCCCUCGGGAGUCCCUCAAACUUGAUAGGAAGCUCGGGGCUGGCCAGUUCGGAGAGGUCUGGAUGGCUACAUACAACAAGCACACCAAGGUGGCAGUGAAGACCAUGAAGCCUGGCACCAUGUCGGUGGAGGCCUUCCUGGACGAGGCCAACCUGAUGAAGGCCCUGCAGCACGACAAGCUGGUCCGUCUGAACGCCGUGGUAACUAAAGAGGAACCCAUCUACAUCAUUACAGAGUUCAUGGAAAAGGGCAGUUUGCUGGACUUCUUGAAGACUGAUGAGGGCAACCGUGUGCAGCUCCCCAAACUCAUUGACUUCUGUGCACAGAUUGCAGAAGGAAUGGCCUACAUCGAGCAGAGGAACUAUAUUCACCGAGACCUGCGAGCCGCCAACAUCUUGGUCUCGAAGGCUCUGGUGUGCAAGAUUGCUGACUUUGGCCUCGCCCGAAUCAUCGAGGACAAUGAGUACACAGCCAGGGAAGGAGCAAAGUUCCCCAUCAAAUGGACGGCCCCAGAGGCAAUCAACUUUGGCUCCUUCACCAUCAAAUCAGACGUCUGGUCCUUUGGCAUCCUACUGACCGAGAUCAUCAGCUAUGGACGCACACCAUAUCCAGGUAUGACAAACCCAGAAGUGAUUCGCUCUCUGGAGACCGGCUACCGCAUGCAGCGCACCGACAGCUGUCCGCAGGAGCUCUAUGACAUCAUGUUGGAGUGCUGGAAGAACAAGCCCGAGGACCGGCCCACCUUUGAGUAUCUGCAGAGUGUCCUGGAGGAUUUCUACACCGCAACAGAGAGCCAGUACCAGCAACAGCCAUGAGCCAGAAUGAUUCAGGCAGAUACAUAACCUACUCUCUCAUACUCUUAUACAAAUGUACAUGUGUACAGACAAACCUACAGAGAAAAAAGGGGAUCUGAACAUGUUUCAGAUGGUUCCUUAUGAAAUAUGGCAUUUACUGUAACUUAAUAAGGUAUGACCUAACAAAUGUAUUACAGUGAUUCAUGAAAUGGCUGAGUCUAAGACGUUGUCAACAUUUUAAUUUAUAUUUAUUUUACAUAUCUUGUUAGGUGACUUUACCUUCCCUUCCCCUUUGUAGUUAGCUCUGCCAGUCCUGUUUGUUUGUUGUAUGAAUUAACUGUGCUCUAACUAUGUAUUUGAAUUUGCUUUUCAUACACGCCCAGAAAAUGCACAAAAUGAGAAAUACAAAAAGAUUUGUACAUUUCCUAUGUAUAUGCCCAGGGCAUACAGUAUAUUGGAAAAUGUUAUUUUUAUUCUGGCAUAUACCAUUGAAUCACUAUAAUUCAAUGAACAAGCACUGGAGUAUAAUAUUUUAAUUUACAAAACACAUUUUGUCUAUUUGAUUAAUUUAUUCUAGCCAAGAGUACCUGUCCAUUCUCUAUACACAAAUGUGGACAACCCUUCAAAUUAGUGGAUUUGGCUAUUUCAGCCACACCCGUUGCUUACAGGUGUAUAAAUCGAGCACACAUUCAUGCAAUCUCCAUAGACAGACAUUGGCAGUAAAGAUUUGUAUUUAUUUUACCUUUAUUUAACUUGGCAAGUCAGUUAAGAACAAAUUCUUAAUUUCAAUGAUGGCCUAGGAACAGUGGCCUGUUCAGGGGCAGAACGACAGAUUUGUACCUUGUCAGCUCGGGGAUUUGAACUUGCAACCUUUCGGUUAUUAGUCCAAUGCUCUAACCACUAGGCUACCCUGCCUCCCCAAAUGGCCUUACUGAAGUGCUCAGUGAAUUUCAACUUGGCACCGUCAUAGUCAGUUGGUCAAAUUUCUUCCCUGCUAGAUCUGCCCCAGUCAACUGUAAGUGCUGUUAUUGUGAAGUGGAAACGUCUAGGAGCAACAACGGCUCAGCCUCAAAGUGGUAGGCCACACAAGCUCACAGAGCAGGACCGGUGAGUGCUGAAGCACGUAGCCUGUAAAAAAUCUUCUGUUCUCUAUUGCAAAAUGUAGUUCUGUAAUUGAGCUGUUUUUGUCUAUUAAUCUUCUGUAUUACGUCAUGUUUCAUGUUCUCUGUGGACCCUAGAAAGAGUAGCUGCAGCUUUCACAACAGCUAAUAAGGAUCUUAAUAAAAUACCAAAUACUCGCUACCGAGUUCCAAACUGCCUCUGGAAGCAAUGUCAGCACAGUAACUGUUCGUCGGGAGCUUCAUGAAAUGGGUUUCCAUGGCUGAGCAUAGUGCCAACUGUAACGUUUGGUGGAGGAGGUAUAAUGGUCUGGGGCUAUUUUUCAUGGUUUGGGCUAGGCCCCUUAGUUCCAGUGAAGGGAAAUCAUAAUGCUACAGCAUAGAAUAACAUUCUGGAUGAUUCUGUGCUUCCAACUUUGUGGCAACAGUUUGGGGAAGGCCCUUUCCUGUUUCAGCAUGACAAUACCCCCGUGCAUAAAGCGAGGUCCAUACAGAAACGGUGUGUUGAGAUCGGUGUGGAAGAACUUGACUGGCCUGCACAGAGCCCUGACCUCAACCCCAUCGAACACCUUUGGGAUGAAUCAGUGCCCAACCUCACUAAUGCUCUUGUGGCUGAAUGGAAGCAAGUCCCCUCAGCUAUGUUCUAACAUCUAGUGGAAAGCCUUCCCAGAAGAGUGGAGGCUGUUACAGCAGCACAGGGGGGAGCAACUCCAUAUUAAUGCCCAUGAGUUUGGGACGAGAUGUUCGACAAGCAGGUGUCCACAUAUUUUUAGUCAGGUAGAGUAUAUACGGUGCCUUCGGAAAGUGUUCAGACCCCUUGAAUUUUCCCACAUUUUGUUACAUUAUAGCCUUAUUCUAAAAUGUAUUAAAUAAAUACAAAAAUCCUCAGCAAUCUACACACAAUACCCCAUAAUGACAAAGCAAAAACAGGUUUUUAGAAAACAAAAAUACAUUUCUUACGUAAGUAUUAAGAACCUCGGCUAUGAGACUCGAAAUUGAGCUCAGGUGCAUCCUGUUUCCAUUGAUCAUCCUUGAGAUGUUUCUACAACUUGAUUGGAGUCCGUCCACCUGUGGUAAAUUCAAUUGAUUGGACAUGAUUUGGAAAGGCACACACUUGUAUAUAUAAGGUCCCACAGUUGACAGUGCCUUGUCAGAUCAAAAACAAAGCCAUGAGGUUAAAGGAAUUGUCCAUAGCGCGCCGAGACACGAUUGUGUCGAGGCACAGAUCUGGGGAUGGGUACAAAAAAAUUUCUCUGCAUUGAAAGUCCCCAAGAACACAAUGGCCUCCAUCAUUCUUAAAUGGAAGAAGUUUGGAACCACCAAGACUCUUCCUAGAGCUGGACGCCCGGCCAAAUUGAACAAUCAGGGGAGAAGGGCCUUUGUCAGGGAGGUGGCCAAGAACCCGAUGGUCACUCUGACAGAGCUCUAGCGUUCCUCUGAGGAGAUGGGAGAAACUUCCAGAAGGACAACCAUCUCUGCACGACUCCACCAAUAAGGCCUUUAUGGUAGAGAAGCCAGACUGAAGCCACUCCUCAGUAAAAGGAACAUGACAGCCCGCUCUGAGUUUGCCAAAAGUCACCGAAAGACUCUCAGACCAUGAGAAACAAUAUUCUCUGGUCUGAUGAAACCAAGAUUGAACUCUUUGGCCUGAAUGUCAAGCGUCACGUCUGGAGGAAACCUGGCACCAUCCCUACGGUGAAGCAUGGUGGCAGCAUCAUAGUGUGGGUAUGUUUUUCAGUGGCAGGGACUGCGAGAUUAGUCAGGAUCGAGGCAAAGAUGAACAGGGCAAAGUACAGAGGGAUACUUGAUGAAAACCUGCUCAGGACCUCAGACUGGGGUGAAGGUUCACCUUACAACAGGACAAUGACCCUAAGCCACACAGCCAAGACAACGCAGGAGUGGCUUCAGGACAAGUCUCUGAAUGUCCUUGAGUGGCCCAGCCAGAGCCCAGACUUGAACGCGAUCGAACAUCUCUGGAGAGACCUGAAAAUAGCUGUGCAGCAACGCUCCCCAUCCAACCUGACAGAGCUUGAGAGGAUCUGCAGAGAAGAAUAGGAGAAACUCCCCAAAUACAGGUACUGAGUAAAGGGUCUGAAUACUUAUGUAAAUGUGAUUUCAGUUUUUUUUUAUUUUUAAAUGAGCAAAAAUGUCAAAACCUGUUUUUACUUUGUCAUUAUGGGGUACUGUGAGGGAAACCCAUGUAAUACAUUUUAGAGUAAGGCUGUAACAUUACAAAAUGUAGAAAAAGUCAGUGGGUCAGAAUACUUUCCGAAUCACUGUAUAGGCUACACAAGGGAAAAAUGUGAGAUAUUGUGAGGGACAAUGUGACAUGUUUAGAAAACGCGAUUUUGUUGCUUGCUUUGUUUUUUAACGCUUUUAUGUAGGCCGCUGUUAUCAUUUACAUUACAUUUACAUGAAAUGUAAAUGUAAAUUUGUCUAACGUGGCUGAAUAAUUUGUGCAUUGAGGUAGAUGCCAUAACAAUUGACUUCACAGACAUUCAAUGUUGGAUAGGGGAUGUUUUCAUAUGAACAAUGUUUUUUUUACAAAAGCUUUUUGAUAUUUUGUUAGAUGCUUGUAAGUGCAAUAAAGAAAAUGAAUUAAA